AUGAGCAGCUUUCUUAUCGUAAGUACCGCCAAGAACCAGGUCGCCAUGAACCCUCAUAACACUGUGGUCUUCGAUGCCAAGCGUCUCAUUGGCCGCAAGUUACAGGACUCCGGGGUCCACAAUGACAGGACCCAUUAA